GGCGGCGCCGCGGCCCGGAGCGAUGGCGGCGGCGGCCGGAGCUGAGGCGGGGCCGGUCCGCGCCGGCUCGGGGGGGAUGCGGAGGGCGGCGGCCCCGGGGGAGCAGCAGCCCCGGGCGCGGCGGGGCGCGGCGGCGAGAGGCCGGGGCGGCGGGGGGCAGUAGCGGCGCCAUGGAGCGGGAGGCCCAGGCCGGGUGGGCCGCGCUGCUGGGCCGGGAGCGGCAGGCGCGCGAGUACUGCCCUGGCGUCAACAGGCAGCCCUACGUGUGCGAGACGGGCCACUGCUGCGGGGAGACGGGCUGCUGCAUCUACUACUACGAGCUCUGGUGGUUCUGGCUGCUCUGGACGGUGCUGAUCCUCUUCAGCUGCUGCUGCGCCUACCGCCACCGCCGCGCCAAGCUGCGCCUCCAGCAGCAGCAGCGCCAGCGCGAGAUCAACCUCAUCGCCUACCACGGCGCCUGCAACUACCCGCCCUCCGCCGCCGACCUGCGGCUGCUGGCCUCCUUCAAGCUACCGGCCUACGAGGAGGUGGCCCACCGGCCCAGCACACCACCGCCACCCUACAGCGCCGCCCUGGGGGGCUCGGCCAGCCGCCUGGGCUCCAGCACAGCGACGCUGACAGGCAGCUCCGAGAACUGCACCAGCUGCUCCUGUGAGUCCAGCUGCCUGACCUCGCCCAGCAGCACCUCCCUGUCUGCCACGGAGGCCAGCACGCCCAGCGAGGCCGAGGGCGCCGGGGCCUGCGGCGGCAUGGGAGACAGCUGGGAGUCUGCUGGCCGUGCCCCGGCCAGGCACGCGCUCUUCUCCUCCGCAGUGCAGCUCUUUGAGGGCGAGCCGCAGCGGGGCUCGGACAGCGAUGAGGCCCCAGAGGAGGCCGAGCCCUUCCGGCACCGACGCCUGACCGGCGACUCUGGAAUCGAGGUGGGCCGGGCGCAGGACGAGGAGAGCGAGGAGGAGGCAGCGCACCUGCUGAGCAAGGGCCACCCCUGCACCGCCCCGGAGCCCCUGCACGGACAGAUUGAGGGGUGCCCGGAAAACCUGCCCCCCUCGCCCGUCCUGCCCAUCUGAGGGUGGCGGUCCUGUUUGGCAGAGCUCUGCUCGCAGCAGGGACUGGGCAGCAAGCAGUUCACUGUGCAGAAUGACCGCCUUACGCCAACACUGCCCUGGCCGGACCCCACCCAGGCAGCGCAGAGUGCCCUCCCCCUCCAGCUCCGUGACCAAAGGCCUGCUGCUGCCCUGCCUCCCUGCCUGGGGGGCCCAAGCGCUCUGCACCAGGGAGGCAGGGAGGGAGCGGGGCCACUCACCUGCCUCUGGCUACUGUAGCAUCUGUGUGUGUGUGCCUGUGUCCUGUUGGUACAAGGUCUAGCUCUUCCCUGUGGAGGCAGCCAGCCCCCUGCUCCUUAACAUUUGCACUGGGUUGGUAGAAUGCUGGGUGCAUGAAAAGGGCAACUCCUGCUGGCAUCGGCUCCAUAAUCCAAACUGACCAGGUGGGCAGUGGGGAGCUGGCCUUCCCCCUACCCCCACUGCAGGAAGCAGCUCCCCCCACCCCCAUCCUGGUGCCUGGGACCUUGGGAGUGGAGAGUCUUUCCACAUGUGCUGUUGAGGACAGCAGUGUGUGCUUAUAAUUAAAGAGAUGUGGUAAUUCUUGGCUUA